AUGGCUGCAUCAUUCCACGGCGGGCCGACACCCAAAGAGCGCAAGUAUGAUCGCCAGCUGCGGCUCUGGGCAGCCAGCGGACAGCAAGCAUUGGAAGACUCUCGUGUCCUGCUGGUCAACUCCGAUGGUCCCUUAGGCGCCAACAGCACCGGCGUCUCUGGUGUCGUUGGCGUGGAGGCGCUUAAGAACCUCGUUCUGCCGGGAAUCGGCGGUUUCACUAUCGUAGACCCGGCGACUGUCACGGAGGCUGACCUGGGUGUGAAUUUCUUCCUGGAAGAAGAGUCCCUCGGAAAGUCCCGUGCAGAGGAGACAUGUCGCCUACUGAGAGAGUUGAAUCCUGAUGUGCAGGGAUUCUUCAACUCUGAGCCCAUUGCCAAUUUGCUUCAAGAUCCCGACUUCUUGCCCCAGCACAAGCUGAUUAUCAUUUCUGGUCCUACCAAGCGUUCUUCGCUAGACGCCCUCAUUCAAAGCGCCCAAAACCAUGGUAUUCCCGUCUUGUACACCCACUCUGUCGGGUUCUUUGCGACAUUCUCCCUUCAACUGCCUGCUGAAUACCCCAUCGUGGAGACCCACCCUGAUCCAGAGUCUGCACAAGACUUACGGCUGCUGAAUCCCUGGCCUGAACUCAGCGCUGCAGCUGCGGCUCUGGGUGACUUGGAUAGCAUGGACGACCACCAACACGGACAUGUUCCGUAUAUCCUUAUCCUUCUCCACUUCCUCGAACAGUGGAAGCAGUCGCACGGAGGCAACGUGCCUGGCAAUUACAAGGAAAAGACCGAGUUCCGAGACUUCGUGCGAUCCAAGGCACGCACGAGCAAUGCCGAAGGUGGCGAAGAGAACUUCGAUGAGGCAGUAGCAGCCGUUUUGAAAACAAUCGCCCCGUUCAGCCUACGCAGCACUGUCCGCGAGAUCUUCGAGCUAGAUCAAUGCCACAACCUGAACAGCGAGUCUGUGGAUUUCUGGCUCAUCGCUCACGCCAUCCACUUCUUCUACACAACUCACGGAGUCCUCCCUCUCCCAGGCUCCCUACCUGAUAUGAAAGCCCAAUCAGCAGAUUACGUCUCGUUACAGAAUCUCUACAAAGCCAAGGCCCGCCGUGAUGUGGAGGAAGUGACCACCACAGUGCGCCAGCUAGAGACACAGCUUGAGCGACGAUACCCUCCCAUUCCCGACCGCGACAUCGACGCAUUCUGCAAGAAUGCCGCACACAUCAAGGUCGUUCACGGUCGACAAAUCCCUCAAAUCAGCAGUGACAGCGAUUCCAUCACCUUGAAAGCGAUCCGAACCCAGCUCGGGUUCCCCGACUCCCUAGUCUCAGUAUACAUUGCAACCCAGAUCCUCGAUGGAGUGGUCGACGAGAUCCAGGAUACCUCUAAUGACCACCGCUCCAUCAACGACGAUGCAUUGUGGAAGAGCCACACGGAACGAAUCCUAGCCUUGUUGACGCGCGAUGAUCCGACACCUUUGGACAUCGAUGCUCGGGAGAACAUCAACAAGGCUAUUCAGGAAUUGCGCCGUGCAGAAGGUGGAGAGUUGCAUAAUAUCGCCUCGCUCGCAGGUGGUUUGGUUUCACAGGAGUCGUUGAAGGUGAUCACGAAGCAAUAUGGACCGCUGGAUAAUACCUGUGUGUUUGACGGCGCUCGCAGUCGGAGUGAGAUGUACCGACUGUGA